AUGAGUCGGCUAUUCUUCCAACGGGCAUGGAUACGGGAUGAGAUACGAGCCGGUAGAACGCUCAGCCUCUCGAUCUGGAAGUCUUGGAACAUGUUCUAUUCGAUGGCAGCUGUACGAUCGAUGACUGGUAAACGACAGAUGAACAAAAGUUCGCCCCAAGGUAUUGCGCAAUAA